AAGUAGCGGUACGUAGGGUCGUGUUAGGAUGUUACAUACUUUAGCUGUACAGUUAUGCAAAUAAUAGAAUGCGUUGUUGUUGCAAUUUUAUGUUAUGGCGAAAAAAGUGACUCACGAAGUACGUUGAUUCAUGAAUAUUAAGUACAGCUAUUUAUCCGUGAUAAUGUGAAACAUAAUUAGUGUUGUGAUUUGGAGCGCUAUGUGUAGGAAGUAUAUAAUUCCCGUUGCUGUUCGCCGAUACAUAAUUCUCGAGCCUGAUAGCGAAUGACAGGACAGAUGCAUUCAUAGGUGUGAGUAAUCCUGAUGUUGAGUGAUCAUCGGCUUGCUAUUGGACUACUUGGAACUUGGACAACUACAACUUUUUAACAUUUUUUGGAUACAGUUGGAGUUUAAUGUACUUGUCCUACAGUGACGGAAAAUAUUAAGGAAAUGAUGCAGCAGCUGUAUCAGACGCUACCCGAUGACAGACCUAUUACAAGUAUUCAGAUAGUUGAGGAUACAGACAAGUGUCCUCCUGGUUUUACUGUUGUAUCAAGAACACAUGAUCAGGAUUCCGAUGCAGAUUUAUGGAGAGAAGCAAAGGUAUUUGGUCGCAAGGUUACUCGCUAUGUGUGUCACUCGAAGACAGAAGGCAUUGCUGAUUAUAUUGUCGAAUCUGUUCUCAUUAUCAACGAGAGAGAAGUCCCACCAGAUGGUUACUCUGUCUUGACAAGAACGGCUGAUACAGAUCAACGAGCUUGGAGAAAGCGGCAGCUGUGCUACAGGCUUGCUAAGCAGACACAAGCAAAAACGGCAGUCACUGAUAUUAUUGUGCUAAGCAGGCUGAAAAAAGCUCCAGAUGGGUUUUCACUGGCAGGAUACGUGCACGCUUCACUGUAGCACCGAUUCUUGAGAUGUUGGUGGGUGGGGGUUCGUGGCUGCAGCAGACGGGCAUGGCCGACAAACCGUGGCAGCAGCUGCAGGGAGGACCGCUACCUGCCGUCAGCUGGGCAUACAUGUUAAAGGUCUCAGGAAGCUACAGAAAGGGCAGCAGUCUAAAAGAGGACAAGACAAGCACAGGAAUGUAGACCCAGCAACAAUCCGUAUUGUAGUUGUAAAUUGUUGUAGCUGUGUUGGGAAACAAUCAGAGAUCAAACUGAUAAUAGAAAGCACUGAAGCUCAAAUGAUAGGCAUAAAUUGUAAUUGUACUGCAUGUUUUCUCAGAAAAUUAUUUUGAAC